AUGCGUACGUUUCCUGGAUGUAUGAACCUUUUGGCCGUAUCACUUACAGCAUCGCUCCCAGGUUACGAGAUCGAGUCGGCGUCGCUCUGCGGUGAGGAGCACUUGGGUAUAAGCCUCGAAUCUGGCCGGAUAUCAGUACCACGGAUGAUUGUCGCCCAAUUUGACAUUAUCCGCCACGAGUACAUCAAGGAGCUCGCUCCUAAAGUGCUCCAAACUCUGCAGGCCUUCGUCCUGUCAUGCUACAAGGAUGUCUGGUUCACUGUCUUCUCGGCCGUAUUUCUGCUCCUUCACCAGGUCGCUUGUACGUCCCGAGAUUACCCCCUUACAGGCUCUGAGGACGUUCGCCAUGGCGGAGUUACGCCCCUGGCCCACUGGCAGUACUUCAAGCGUUGCGACUUUACGAAAUCCAGUAAUCUAGCUAGCUCAGCCUUGAUGUCUCUUGAACAGGACCAGACCAAAUUUCUUAAGCGGACUGAUUAUCACGGUCAGGAUCACCGUGGUAGGGGCAAGCUGGCUUCGAGAAUUGCGACACCGACCGUUCCCUCUCAGUUCCUCCAGAAGAGCCAGUCUGACUCCGAGUCCGAGGGUGAUGGCCUUCGGAGAGUGCCAUCUCACCUUGCUUGUUACCCUGCGCCUUCCAAGCCCGGUGCCGUUGUGAUCAAGUUUCCGCCGCCACGCGGCUGGGAUCCGUUCGUCGUUGGCUGGGAGAAGCACGAUGUCGAGCACGAUGUUAAUAGCCUUGCUCCGGAAGAGAUACGUACCGCGAGGCUCAGCCGGUCCCUGGAAUUUCUCAACAAUGCCGCUCUAUUAGAUGCCAAGUUCGUAAUAACCACGGCAGUAGCGGUCAGAAAUCUAGCAGAGAAAGCACAGUGCCUCGACUAUCCCGACAACGCAGCGGCCAAAGCCCAGCUAACCCGCAGCUUCACCUACCAGCCGGUUGCCAUCACCCAAGUCGACAGUCAGCCUAUCAGCGACACGUACCAGUCUCCCGACACGGACAGUAAGACGAUAAGCGACAAUAGGAGGACGAUGCUUCAGCAGUGGGGGUUUGAGUAUAACUACACGCUGUGUGCGGAUGCGAAGAGUCUGGGGGAUGGAAUGACUUUCGAACUCAUGCCACAGGGCCGCAAGCUCCUGUCCUGCGCCGCCACCAUUGACGUUGGUGAGCACCUUCCCCUCGAUAUAACGCAUCGUCUCGGCUUCUCUUCGAUGCCUCUCUAUCUUUGGGACACCGUCCGCGGGUGCCAGAUCGCGGAUCUGGACAAGUUCCAGGGUCUGGUGUCCAAGAUCCAUUCUCCGGAAGGAAGGGAAUGGUUGAAGUUAUUGCAGACCGAGAGGGAGGCUCAUUUUCGGAAGCGUGACUGGCGUCUUCCCGUCGUCUUUGCUCCGGGCUUACCUUCCGUUCCAGAUGCCCGUGUCCAGCAGGCUUUCGCUGCCGAUAAAGCUUGGCUUCAGUGUCUUUUCUUGGAGAGCGCUGUUCGGGAACGGUCCAAGGACCCCACGUUCCUCCACGCUGAGUAUCUCAAGAGUUGUUGGAUUCGCCAUAUAGAACCUUCUGGCGGAUACCACCUGUUGGAAAGUCAUGGCACCGGAAACGGAUAA